AUGCUCAAAUCAUUCCCGAAUCACUCAAACUUUCACAGAGUGAUAGAUUUCGAUGAUAAUAACGAGAAUACUGAGGAGCUCAUUGCUUUAGAUCAGUUUGCUUUCAAGAAAGGUUUGUCACCAAGACCAAGUGUCGAAAGUAGGCGAGACAGUAUAACGAAUCCACUACUAAAUGAGGAACCAUCUGAAACUUUGAAUGGUGAUGAAUUGCCAAAGACUACCAACAACUUUGAAGUAGAUUGCAUCCAUAACAUUUCAUAUUCACUUGAAAGACAUGACUUUCUGCUUAGAUUAGGUAGAGCAUUGAUGACUUAUGGUGCACCAACACACCGUAUUGAAAGUCAACUUAUAGCUACUGCCAAUUACUUAGAUAUAUCAGCGUCCUUUUUAUACCUCCCUAAUAUUCUUCUAGUGACGCUAUCAGAUUAUGAAACACAUACAUGUGAAAACUUUUACAUUAGAUCCUCAGGUGGAUUAGACCUGUCGAGGCUCAGCAAAACUCACAAGGUAUAUAUGAAUGUUGUUAGUGGCAAAAUGGAUGCAAUGGAGGGAUCCUUAAGACUCCGUGAAAUUGUCAAGAGUCCUGACCAAUACAACGCCUGGCAGAUGGUACUUAUCGGUGCUAGUGCUAGUGCAGCCGUCGCUCCAAUGGCAUUCAGUGCAAGCUUGCUUGAUAUACCCAUUGUUUUCAUUCUUGGUGCAAUGCUCACUUUCGUGAAAGUAAGCGGUGUCGUCAAACGUGAAUCAUUUGGUUUCAUUCUCGAAAUAUCCUGCGCAUGUUUGAUAGCAAUGGCCGCUAGGGCGCUUUAUAAAACCAAUUACUUCUGCUUCCAAUCCGUGGCAGCCAGUGCAAUUGUUUUGAUUUUACCAGGAUGGAUCAUUGCUUGUGGAGCACUGGAGUUAGCAUCUAGGAAUAUAGUAUCAGGCUCAAUACGUGUGGUUUAUGCUCUAUGUUAUUCAAUGUUUCUCGGUUUCGCUAUAUCUAUUGGAAGUGAUUUCAUAAGUGUUUUAGGACCAGAAGCAGAUGGUGAUCAAAAUGAUCAACUUGAUACAGUCACCUUAAGUGGUACAUUUCUACCAAAUUCGAGCUUGGGUGAUAUUUCUAACCCUAUGCACGAGGGCAGCUUUACAUUUACCAACACUUCUGCACCUGCACAUAAGGGUAAUGUGGUGUGUAUUAGACAUCCGGACAAUCCAUUCUAUUUAAAAGCUAUGCCAAAAAUAUACCUACUGAUAUGCGCACCAGCUUUUGCAACCUUGUUGUCAAUGUACAACCGCGCUGAUUGGCGCUCUAAAGAAAUGUGGAUUGGAGUUUUAAUCAGCUGCUCGGGGUAUGCAUCCAAUGUCGCAACGACGAUGUUCACACCAGAUAGGUCAGACAUUAUAAGUUCAGUAUCAAGCUUCACUGUUGGGUUCCUCGGUAACGCCUAUUCAAAAAUGUUCAAAAAGUCAGCAUUUCCAGUAACAGUUACUGGAAUUCUAUUGAGUGUACCGUCUGGUAUAUCAGCUGCAGGUGGUAUAGCAAUGUCAAAUCCAAGCCCCGAUAAUGAAACUUCAUUUAGUAGAGGUUUAGUAAUUGGUUUGAGAAUGUUUCAAACAGCUGUCGGUAUAGUCGUUGGCUUAUUCUUAUCAACUAUUUUCGUUUAUAAUAUUGGAGCCAGACGUGGAUUUUUGUUUAGCUUCUAG